AUGAUGUGGGCGUCUCUGUUUUUCGCCGGGAUCUUAAGCGGCUGGUGGGGCGCACUGGCGCUCGCUGCGGCACCCCCCGCCAAUCGGAACUCCCUCGAGGAGACGUCGACGAGGACCACCAGCGACCAUCCGCCAUCGAUGAGCAUCAUUGAAAAGCCCCUCGAUUACCGUUUACCAACUUGGAACUUCGUUACGCGAACUAUCGAUAGACGCGACCAUCGUCUACCCACCGAACAGCUCCACGCUCCAUCUACCAGAGAUUACGUAUUGCCCACAGACGACGACGACGACGACGACGAAGACGACGAGGUCGUCUUACCAACGACGCAUCGAGAACAACUCGAACAGAACAAGUUGCACCGACAGAUUAGACCCUCGGCGGAGAACGUUAACCGAUACAACUCUCGAACGUAUCGGGUGAACGACCGAGAUCGUUUCGCCAGCGAACGAAUUUCCUCCACUUUCCCGGCCGACCACCUACCUCCCGAAGAUGCUUCCGAGGAGCAAGAGGAGGGGGAAGAGCUGGACGAUUCGAUACGCGAGGCGUUCGUCUCCUCGUCGAGGCACGCGAAUCGUCACCUCGAGGCGAGGAAAAUUCAUCCAAAGAUGGAGGAGUCAGGUUUGACGCGAUUACCUCGUCACACGUCGACACAGACGCCGUUUCUAUAUCCCGGCGGGAGUACGGAGUCGUCCGUGGAGAGGCCUCGUGUGAUCAGAUCGGCCAAGCAACGACCAAAGAACCGCACGAAAGCGGACUCGCCUAGGGAGCAACGACGACGAUGCCGGAACAAGGGUUGUCGCGGUCAGAACUGGUGCCCAGACGUGGACGUUGGAAACAGAGCUUACCUGGCGCCUACCGUGUUCGAGGGCAAAGCUCGUAGCAUGUCGUCCGAUAGGAAACCAGGCUUCAACUACGCGGUGACGUUCGAGGUAAAGCAAGUAUACAAGAACCAGCCGGGUUUUCAGCCGUUGCUGAAAAACGACAGCGUAAGGCUGCACUUUCGCGACAAAUCGACGCCGGGCAAGUCGACGGUAUGCGGCUACGACACCGACGGGAAGCAGCAACAGCAGCAGCAACGCGAUAAUCAGAGUGGUGUGGUGCGAGCCAAUAUUAAGAGGGGUAAAGUGUAUCUAGUGUUUGUGAAUCGCGUGGGACCCAGAAACUUCACGAUCCUCGGUGAGCCGGUGAUACGAAGCAAGAAGAACGAACAGGCGGUGCAGGCUGUCGUUCGACCGGAUUACGGUGAGUAG